AUGAUGGAGGAGAAAGCUACUGAGCUGGGGAAGAUGGCCGGUGUUAGCGGAACUUGCACGUAUGACGAGAAAGCUGCAAAUUCUGCCGACAAGGGUGCUAAGUACAUCAUGUUCUACAACAACGCACUUGGCAUCGAGGAUGUCUCGUCGACUCAUGCUCGGAUUCUUGCAGUGGCCAUGACCCCUGCAGAAGAAGGCGAGUAUUGGUUGCAGGCUCUAGCGGCCGGUUCCAAGGUGACCCUUUAUGUGACCGACCCCAUCGAGUCGGACACUGUCCUUCAGCAUGGUAAUAACACCAUAACUGGAGGCUUUGCCAGCACCUUCACAUCAUGGGGUCCCACGUGGGAGGCUGAACUGAAGCCGCAGUUCGCUGCACCUGGAGGAAAUAUUCUAUUUCUCUGGCCAAGAGCAUUGGAGAGCUGCGCCGUGUUCGGUGGCACAUCGAUGGCCACUCCGCUCGUGUCUGGUAUUCUUGCUUUGAUGACCGAAAUCCGCGGACAUCUUGAUCCAGUCGAACUCACCAAUAUAUUUGCUGCCACAGCCAAGUCUCAAUUCUUUAAUGAUGGAAAGCAGGCUUCCAGCCAACUCGCACCCGUUCCCCAGCAGGGAGCUGGCUUGAUCCAAGCGUACGGGGCUGCUUCCAUCACCACCAUCCUCAGCGUGUCGAGUCUCGCUUUCAACGAUACGGAGCACCUCAGCUCGUUGUUAUUCAGCAUCGAGAACAUUGGAGAUGCAGAAGUUACCUACACACUUGACCACCGUCCUGUCGCCAUGGCCUACACCUUUGCUGCAGGUACCGGCCGCGCAGACACUUUCCCCAACGAGCUGACAGACGAUUAUGCGACUCUCCACUUCAGCAAGCCUGUCAUCACUGUCAAGGCGGGAAUAGAGGAGAAGGCCACGGUGUCUCUCGACCUUCUACAGCAUGUCGAUAACACUCGCUUACCUGUGUACUCUGGCUAUAUUGCGCAGUACGCAAGUGCCAAUGGUUUCGUCUACAGGGAACAGACGCCAACACGAUCCAUCGCCAAUGCAAGUUUCGCUAUUCCUGCGCAGGACACAGCCGAUCAUACCCCACACACUCCCCCCGUCGUCAAUCUCGAGUUCAUCCUGGGUACCAGUGUGUCGUAUCUAGAGGUCAUUCCCGUCGGCAGUCACGAUGAAGGGCUCACGUACGAGUUCCUCGACGUCAGGACCAUGGGGACUGCGCUCGAAAGUGAGAAGUAUGCCCCGGCCGGUCGCUACAAGUUUCAUGUCAAGGUGCUGCGUAUUUUUGGCGACGUAGAGGAUCUCAACGACUACGACACGAUCGGGACGGCCGCGUUCUCCAUCAGGUACGAGGCGCGCCGCGGUUGA